AACGCCUGAAGUAUAUAUCCUGGACGUCAGGUAUUGUAGCAGUCUUUAUUACUGUGCACACACUCUGUUCACUUCCCCUGCUGUUCUCAUCUCUAAUUCGUAGCACAGAAGUUAAUCAGAAUUAAAACAGUUAUGAUGCUCAGUGUGGUGUUUAUUGCUGGUGUCUUCAUGCUGCCCGCUGCCUCUCCUGCCAAGGAUCAGUUACAUGGCAUGUCUCAGCCUGCACAUUCCGAAUUCGGUGGUUACGGUGUUGGCGACACCACACUCGACAGUUCGCUGAAGUCUCAAAUGACAGGAGACUCAACAGCUCACAGCGAGUCACAUGUGCGCAGUGCCCUGGUCAACACUGGAAUGAUGGGCUCCAAAGUUAAAUCCAGUGUUGCUGGAUCUCCAAAACAAAGUCACCUACAGGGAACCCAAACCCGGGAAGCAACACUCUGUCAACUGAAAAGAUGUUGCCAGACCAUCCAUGAUACCAACAGUUGCGUUAGUGAUCACAGCUAUUCCUAGACAGGAUCUUGAUGAUGACUAAAUAUUUCAGCGAUAAAUGGAUGUCUAAUUUUAAUAAAUGAUUUAAAAGAAAGAAAAA